UUAAAGUGCAAUUAAAGCUUUUAAGAAGCAAUUUACCCGUAAAUACUUUGCUAAAUAGUGAAAAAUUUUGUAGCAAAACCAGUUGAAAAGUGCAGGAAAUUGGGGCUCAUUACCCGUUCUCCUAUUUUCUUUGCGCUGCUUGGACUGGGCGCUGUAGCAAUACGUAUUUAAUUUCCACUGUGUUGCUGUGAGAGCAUUUGAAGCAUACAAUCAAGUGCGUAUCAGCCGCCUACCAGACAGCAGAGUGAGCGUGCGAUCUCGCCUGCCACACAGGCCCCAAACAGCCAGCACACAGGGCCGAGUGCAUUUAAUUGCCAUUUAGAUUGCCUUGCUAGCUGUAGUCGAACGCGAAAAAGUUUGCUGUGCUCUUGUGGAUAUGACUUUGCCGGAAAAUAUGUGUCAAUUCGCAUUCAUAAAUAGCCGCAUUCAAAAGCAGUGCUGGCAAAAGGUUUAACAGCCGCCUUAGCUGCCGCAUAUUAAUUAUUAUAAACAUAAAUAUAUGAAGUGGAAAUUUAAGCGCAACAAUUAACUAACUACAUACUUGGCUUUACAGUAAUAGAUAUUUUGUGUGCCAGAAAUAAUAAGCAAUUAAAACCACUAGGAGUGCAACAACAGCGCAGACCAGCGCAAAAUUCAUACAAAUAACAAUAAUUAUAAUUAUUACAAUGCAAAAGCAACUGCAAAAAUGUACAACUAAAAGCGUAUUCGCCGUUCAAACGCUAAUUAGCUGCGGCACGUUAUGCCUGCUGCCUCUGCUGGUGCUAGUGCUGCCGCAUGCCGUGCACGCUUGGAUGCCCGAUGUGCGCCCAGAUUUGCAGCCGAAGCAAGAUAAAAUCAUUGCCAAGUUCCUGGGCAACAGCACGGAUUACUUUAAAAUAUUGGCCUAUGACGAUGCUACCAUACUUGUGGGCGCUAAAGAUAUUAUGUACAACAUAAGCUUGGAUGGUUUACGAGAAAUCAGCCGGUUGGAAUGGUUCUCUUCUGAUGCUGAUCGCGAACUAUGUGCACUGAAGGGUAAACGUGAGACUGAUUGCCACAACUACAUACGCGUUUUUGCACGCCUCGAUGAUGCGCAGCUCUUGUUGUGUGGCACCAAUUCGUACAAGCCGCGCUGUCGCCACUAUGCGCCCGCCACAAGUGAACUGAGCGCAGCCGCUGGUUCCGGCCAACGAUAUGAGAUUGUACGCGAUGUCGAAGCGCAAGGGCUUUGCCCAUAUAGUCCGGCACACAAUAGCACCUACGCCUUUGCGGAGGGACAACUUUAUAGCGCCACAGUGGCUGACUUCUCGGGCAGUGAUCCAUUGAUUUAUCGCGAGAAUUUGCGCACCGAGCAGUAUGAUUUGAAACAGUUGAAUCAGCCUGAUUUCGUGGGUGCUCUGGAGCGUGAUCGUUAUAUAAUGUUCUUCUUCCGUGAAAUUUCAAUGGAGUUCAUGAAUUUCGGCAAGACAAUCUACUCACGAGUUGCACGCGUUUGUAAGAACGAUCGCGGCGGUCCCUACACACUCUCCAAGAGUUGGACAUCAUUUUUGAAAGCACGUCUAAAUUGCUCAGUACCUGGAGAAUUUCCUUUUUACUUUGAUGAAAUUCAGGCUAUUUCUCCUAUAGUUGAAAGCGGCGUCAAUUCACUCAUCUACGCUGUUUUCACAACAUCCGUAAAUGCUAUACCCGGCUCCGCAGUAUGCGCUUUCAAUGUGAACGAUAUCUUGGAUGCUUUUGAGGGCACCUUCAAGUCACAAAAGGACAGCCAAUCACAAUGGCUACCCAUACAAGAAGAACAAGUGCCUGAACCGCGUCCGGGCAAGUGCGUUGAAGAUUCGCGAAUGCUAUCCAGUAUUGCAGUGAAUUUUGCUAAAAAUCACCCUCUAAUGGAAACUGCUGUACCCGCUGUCUAUAGUCGCCCAUUGCUCACCAAAGUCAACCUGCAUCACCGACUCACCACAAUAGCAAUCGAUGCACACAUUAUGGCGCUCAAUGGCGAAUUCUAUGAUGUGAUCUAUUCCGGCACAGAUGAUGGUCGCAUAACGAAAUUCAUUAAUAUACCCACACCGAGUCAGGCAGGAGGCUCCAGCGCUGGAGUUGACAAAUUGAAAACCGUAUUGAUAUCAGAAAUGCAAGUUUUGCCACAGGGAUUGGCAGUGCGGGAGCUGCUUGUAUUUUCGAAAACCAAUCGUCUAUUGGUGGUUAGCGAUGGCAGUUUGGUUACUGUGCCACUACAUCAUUGCGCCCACAUCGUUGACUGUCUCGGCUGUUUGAGUCUACAGGAUCCGAACUGUGCUUGGGAUCAGCAGAAUCAUGAGUGCAAGAGACUUGUUGCAAAGAAUAUCAAAUUCGGCACCAAAGCGUUUCUCCAGAGCCUGAAUACUACUAAGAAAGCGGCAGCUUCUUUAUGCCCAAAAUAUACUCGUGGCACACUCAUGGCUGAUGGUCCGAAUAUUGCAGGUGGUGUGAUUGCAAGCGCAGGCAUUGAUUUAGUAACGGCACAGCAGCCACAAGCGGAUGAGGAAAUGAGUAAGAAGUUCCAUUAUACCAAAGUUGGAGUGAGUACAGGUAAUAGCGUUCCGUCUGAUGGUGGUGCUGCGGCGGUAGCCGAAAGUAGUGUUACUACAUUAGAAGUACCCAUUGGCAGUGGUGGCGAUUUGGAUGCUAGCACAGGCGCAGGCAAUGAUUAUUUGUUGAACAGCUUCAGCGAUGAGAAUAAAAUAACGCUGCAUUCGGUGGACCCCGAUGAACUGAUGAAUACGUUGAGUGAUCCUUUACAAUCUCAAGCCAGCUUAAAUGAGAAGAAACUCAAGGUAGCCGGCAAAAGUUUAUAUUGGGCGCUCGCUCUCAUCGCCUUCGUUGUGGGCAUUAUCGUUGGUCAUUACACCUCAAAGCGCAUUUGUAAAACCGCAUCGCUGCACGCAAGCCAUCGCAAUCAAUUCACCUCGAAUUCACAAUUCGGCGUAAAGCAUCACAAUACCGGCAAAGAUAUUAAUCUACUAAUGAAUCCGAACCAUUUUUGCAGUCAGAAAAAACCCAAUCUCGACUUAGAGAAGGAUCGCAGUCAUGAAUGCAAAAAUUCAACAGAGAAUCUAGAAAAAGAAAUACCCUGCAAGACGUCCACGUUAACGAAGGUUAAACGCACAUAUAUAUAAUGUAUAGUUUACUUGCAAUGCAUUGCAAAGCAUUGCGUUGCAUUUAUAAAAAAAUAACUAGUGGAAUUUUUUUAUAGGUUAGUUAUGUUUAAUAACUUUUUUAUUUUUUAAGCAAAUUUUGUUGAAAGCAUGCGCAUAUAUGCAGUAUGUAUGUGUGAAAAGUGAAGUGUCAAGCGCUGAAAGUGUUGCAAGAAUGUGUGUGUGUGUGAGCUUUUUUUAGUUUAGGCAAAAUUACAAUAAAACGAAAGAGGUUUAUGCAUAACAGGAAUAUACUAUUGGUGUAUGUAAACUUGAGCCGUCUAAAUGCAUGCAGACAUGAGCUAUGCCCAGCAGGAGGAGGAGUAGAUAUGCCUGAUAUGUGCAAGUGCGGUAUGAACGAGCUCACUUCACUUUAAAUGAAAAUGAGUGAUUUUUAUAAGCGUAUGGCGCCUUUUAAUUAGCGCCUGCAAGCCGCCUUACAGCGUACGUAUUCACUACCUCCCCGCUGAGCGCAUAGCUGCUGCUUUUGCGAGUCUUAAUUUUAAAAAAUUUUCUUAGUCGCUUAGUUUAUAUAUAAGUUUAGUUAGUUAAUGUGGAUUUAGCAAGCGGUAAGCCGCUUUUUUACUUUACAAGAAAAUAUAACAACUAAGUACAAAUGUAAUUGCAAGUCAGUAGUGAGACCGCGUUAGCAUGUAUUUUGCUAAGAGAAAAAUGUAAUAAAUACUUUAAAUGUAUACUAACGCAAGCGAAUUUAGCGGGACGCUUAACGUCGGUGGAUUUGUAGAAAAAUUCCCACAACUGCGGUAAAUUACCACAAUCGCGUUCCUGUGAAUAUCAGCUAACUGCGCUUAACAUUUUUCUCUAACCGCAAAAGCAUUUCCGGCUGCGCCCUCUACGCCUGC